GUCGGUUUAAAAUGCGUCGUACUUGUAUACUAGUACGGUAGCGUAACAUUCUCAGUUUGUAAAAAAGCCAAACAAUGUCUGCGGCGAAACAGCAGCAGAAUGCUCACGGAGAACCGAAAGAAAGAAAGAAGAAAGAAAGUAUACUCGAUCUGUCGAAAUAUUUAGAGAAAAAUAUUAGAGUAAAGUUCGCUGGUGGAAGGGAAGCUGCAGGAAUCUUGAAAGGGUACGAUCCCCUUCUCAACUUGGUACUUGAUAAUACUACAGAAUACCUCAGAGAUCCUGAUGAUCCAUACAAAUUAAAUCAAGAUACUCGUAUGUUGGGUUUAGUCGUAUGUAGAGGUACAUCUGUGGUACUUAUUUGUCCUGUAGAUGGGAUGGAAUCUAUUCAAAAUCCUUUUAUACAACAAGAAGGUUAAAAAAAUUUCUUUUUUCUUUAAUCUAUAUUUCUAAUAAGAAAAUAAAUUUUGCGAGCAAUCUGAUUUGUAUGUUAAUAUAGUUGAGCAAAUUUUUUUAUAACAAAACUAAAUAUAAUUUAUUUUACAUCAUAUAAACUAUAUAAACUUAUAUAAUAAAUAAACAUGAUUUUUCGUAUAAAAAUAUAAA